GGGCAGUUCCCGUCCACGCACGCGGUGCGAUAUGCUUAACGCCUAACUCCUCCCUCUCUCUGCACGAGCAAGACGCCUUUGCCUCUCCUCAGCUCCUGCCUCCUUGCCAUCUUCGGCUCUCAUCUUCCCUUCUGCUUCGUCCGAUCUAGGGUUUGCUAUACGACGCAAUGGGACGGAUCUUCCACAGAUUCCAAGCUCUCUGAAUCUCUCUAUGGCUUCAGAGGAUGUUUGGGAAGCAGUCUGAAGCAGAAGCUAUCAAAUACCAAGUCGGAGAAGCAAUGCAGUAUAGUUCUUUCCAUAUGAGAAGAUAAUGACUAAUUGGUUGGCGUAAACAGAAGCCUCAUCUUGGGAAAUGCAGACUGGGGUCCCACUAAACGAAGCACAUACAGAAGCCUCGUCUCGGGAAAUGCAGACUGGGGUCCCACUAAACAAAGCACAUGACUUUCAAGUUCGGAAACUAGAGGUCUCUGACAAUAGCAAAGGGUUUGUAGAGCUAUUGCAGCAACUGACAGUUUGUGAUGCUAUCUCUGAUGAAAAUUUCGAAGCGCGGUUCCAAGAGCUCAGGUCAUUAGGCGAUGACCAUGUGAUUUGCGUGAUUGAGGAUACUACCUGUGGAAAGAUCAUUGCCACUGGAAGUGUGUUCAUUGAGAAGAAGUUCGUAAGGAACUGUGGUAAGGCUGGGCAUAUUGAAGAUGUGGUCGUUGAUCGUGAUUAUAGGGGGAUGCAGUUAGGGAAGAAGGUUCUUUCUUUCCUCACUGAUCAUGCCCGAUCCGUGGGUUGCUAUAAGGUGAUUCUUGACUGCAGCAAUGAGAAUAAAGCAUUCUAUGAGAAGUGUGGCUUCAAACAGAAGGAAAUUCAGAUGGCUAAGUAUUUCAUCUAAGAAGUUAACCAAAUUAUUCAGUUAUAAGAAGCAAUUCACGUCUACCCCAUUUUACGUUCUCUUUUCUCAAAAAACUCUCCCUGAAAUGAGUAAGUUCAACAGGCUUAUGUAUUCUAAUGAUUCAACAGCCAAACUUGCACUAUGAAUUUGGAUACUUCUGUGCUUUGUUUAAUUUCAUCUGUUCAUAGAUACCACCUUACUUUUUGUGAUGAUUAUAAACGAAGUAUCCUGUUGUUGGAAUGAAUUCUAACGAAUCCUUCGUGAA